AUCGCGAAGUCAGUUCGCGGCGGUCCGUUCAGCGGGCAACAGAGAGAGAAUCUAGGAGGAGGACACGCUACCGCGGUCGAACAGCGGGUACCCAAGCUCGAAGGGAAAGGAAAACGAGGAUCGAGGAUAGAAGCGGGAUCGACGAUUUCAUCCUCCAAGUUUCGUCGAAAUCCUCUGGUCGAUCCAACGUGCGACAUUCCGUGUGCGUUCCUCGAGCUUCUUCGAAAAAAAUUCGUCUCUCCCGCCCUCCGAAACGUGAGCAUCGUGCAUCGAAAGCUUCUGCACCGGUUCGAAGCUAUCGAAAGCGGGACGGUGACAAUUGGAGUGUUGUUGGUGUGAUUCUGGUGUUUUUGAAAGAAGAAAACGAAGAGGAUUACGAUAGAGAUCGGAAAUGAGAAGCAAUUUACUCUAAUGGUGCGUAACGAAUGGAAAAGUUUCUUCCAUUGAACGGUCGUCGAAAUAAGCUUCCGUUCGCGCAAUCCGCAAUGUAAUCUUCUAAUACGAAUUACAAAUCUUAUCGAACGAGUAACGAACCAACGGUGGCUUACCUUCCGGUAGUAGUUCGAAAGUUUCAUCUAGACUUGGACGUAUUUCGCGCGGAGCGAAGGAGGGAGCUGAAUGGGUAAAAUUCCAGCGCAGAAGAAAACAGAGGAGUUACGUCGAGGGACUGGUUCCUGCCCGGUUCACCUGCCUAGCGUUUCUUUUCCACGCUGAGUCCCCCAGAGGCGACGUGAAAACGAUCCACGUCGAUUGAGCUACCGCGGAAAAACAUUUCUAUUUGGGCAUCUGACUCAACGAUGAAUCGUCGCGCGUUUAAAUAGACAGUGGUUGCGUACGAUAUGCUCGUUGCCGCCGGAACAGGAACGACGAGAUGACUAUCGAUUACUGUUAUCGCGGAUGACCUCGAUACGAAUCGCGUUUAGAUAAAAAAAAAAAAAAAAAAAAGAAGGCACGGAAUGCUCGCGUUAGCGUAGCUAGAGGUAAAAAUGCAGUUGGCAGCAACGCAGAGACCUCACCCACCGCCCGUGCCGCCUCGACCCAGCAGGCAGGUGGUCGCAGAGGCCCUUAAAAGAUCCCCAAGGCCGCCCUGUCCCACUAGACAGGCUCCACCACCGCCCAACACUAAACCCUGGAGAUCCGAUCAGGAACAACCCGGUCAGCAACAGGUGUCCCAAGUCGGUGGCGGUCGCACGGUCGUCUACGAGUCGAUCAAGGAGCCCCUGGCCAAGGAGAUCGGCAACGAAACCAACGACGACGCUCGAGUCGUCGACAGGGAUCGCAGAACGGCUCGCAACGCGAGUGAAAGGAACGAAGACGAGGACGAUCGACGUGGAAAUCCGCGGGAAAGGCGACACCGUGCCGAUCAGGAACGAAAUUCCACGGAACUCGGCGAGAAAUGCUCGUCCGCCGCGUUGGACGCCGUUGUCCACGGUUUGACGAGGAGUCGCGAGAAUCUCGCGGAGGACAAGGGUUCGCGGAAGCUCGAUAAUUCCGGAGAUUGUCCAGAAUCCAAAGAACAGAACGGCAAUUCGGGUCAUCGAUCCUUCGCCGCGUUGAGCAGCGACGAGAAUGGCAAAGAGACGAACGAACGAGACGAAACGUCCACGGAGACGAGGAUCGAGGCGAUCGUUCAGGAACGAUUCGAAUCGGUGACGAAACCCGCGAUUCAGCCCAGGUUGAACGUGUCAUUCGGUGACGUGCCUCCAGCCGUGGAAUCGAGGAUCGAUAGGUCGAGAACGUGCACGGAGAAAGGCGCGGAAAAGGGCGGGAAGAACGAUCCACGACCGACGCCCACGCAGAGAUCGUGUUUGGCGAAAAAUCGGGACGUUGGGAAGAGGAGCGCGGGGGAGGCUUCCGGCGGGGAGGAAGCGAGCGUGAAUGAAAACAGCAAGUCCGUUUCGAGCGUUGACCGUGCCACCGUGGUCGUUAUCGACGAAACAGAGCGUAAAGCCGCAUCGAACGACGACGAGGGCAACCAGAACGCGGCCGAGAACGAGAAUGACAACAUUCAUCGGCAAGAUUGGCUGGAUGCCGGUGUCCACUAUUCGUCCACGCAGAUCACGCUGUCGGGGGACGACGGGGACCCUGUCGACGGGGAUCGAGUCAACGGACUCGAUCACUGCGAAAACAAGAAAGCCGGCGAUCUUAAUAUACUGAGUUUACAGGAGAGGAUCGCGAUGUCUUCCCUGCAAGGUCUGCCACCAUUGCCAAGAAGUCUCAGUGGAUUCAAUUUGAGCGGUGGACGAGAGGGUUGCGAGCCACCGCCACCCCCUGCUAGAUCCUCCAGCAAAGCUCAAAGAGGCGGUAAAGCGGCGAUGCAAUCGUCGUCCAGGCCAUCGCCACCUGCCAGGCAGCUCACCACUUUGGACACUCAACUGGCUAUACUCAGGAGAGAAAUGUUUGGUCUUCGACAGCUGGAUCUCUCUCUGCUUUCCCAACUGUGGUCCCUGAACGAAUCCAUACAAGAGUUUCGACAGCUACUGCAAGAACAAGAAGACAGAGCACCGUCACCGUCGCCUAGUAGCGAGGAAGGGGACGACACCUCCUACGGGACUCAUCCCCCGCCACCUCCGAGGAGGCCAGCUCCCGUCGUGCAUCAUCACAGACCCCCAAGACCUCCGAGACCUCCUAGGCCACCUCCCAGCGACGAGUCACCGUCCAGCGAGGAAUACGGGGCUGUUUGACGUCGCGUCGCUUCGUUAACGAAAAAAAUUUUCGCGUUCUAGAAAUGAACGUUUUCAUUCCAACUAUUCAGAAACUUUGCCGCACGCUAUCGUACAAAUUCUGCGCGUUCUGGCGUGCAUGCGAACUCUUGACGAAUGUUUAGGUACAAUUGAACGAUUAGCAUGAAUUGAAGUAAACGAUUCGACGAAGAAACGAGUCGAUGCGUCACCUUUGAUGAAAGGGAUCGAGUGAAACUCGUCGAAUACGACCUAGUGCAUUCGUACGAAGAACUUAUUGGUGUUUGAAGGUACCUGUAACGGAUUUCAGUACAGAGACAGAUCGCAAAUUCUAUUUGUUCGAGAACGUUUUCAAGUGAUCGCCGUGGAUUCACGUGAACGUUACACCGGAUGUUUAAGGACUUGCUACCGAUUCGUAGAUCCAAGAAUACUGUCAAUGUCAAUCCAGAAAGAAACAACGAUCCUCUAUACAUAUAUAGAUAUAUAUACAACUCGUAAUAGGUAAGGAAGAAAUUUAUUAUUCUCGAUGAGAGCUACUUUAGUUGAACGUGUGCUCUUUUCUCUAUUUGUGAUAGCAGUCGAAGGGGCCUUUAAUUAACUAUAAUAGAACAUCCGUUUGUGCGAAUUAAGACUUUCCCGUGAUUAUUUGUUGAAACACGAUUGCAAGAGAUCCGAGCCGAACCUGCGACGCGACAAACGGCUAGUGAGUUCCAAAGAAUUGCAAUUCCGGAAGUCCUUCUCUCUUCCACGUUUCUCCGCUAUUAUUACGUCCAUUGCAGAGUUUUCUUUCUUGUUGAGACACGAAGAAACGCGCUGAUACAAGACUCGUCGAAUUUACAAUACGCCGUACGAAGAUUUAUGUAGAUUGAUUCGAGUGUGUAAAAUAAAGGAAAAAAAUCGUAAGGUACAAAAUAAACGAGAUGUAAUAUAAACGCA